AUGAUCAGGUCAAUCCAGGCUGCUCAGCGCUUGGAUUCACAGGGACACCCAGCCGUUCAAGUUGAUCUCACAACGAACAAAGGUAAGAGGGCACUGACGAUAGCCAAGUUCGCUUCUUACACUGCUGCAGGUACCUUCCGAGCCACCGUCCCUUCUGGUGUGGCUACAGGUGUGGAUGAAACCAUUGAGCCACGGGACAAGGAUAGUUCAGCAUACGGUGGUGAAGGCGCUCAGAAAGCAGUUUUGAACAUUGAACUGGUCAUUGGUCCUGCCCUAGUACAGAGCGGGCUCAAGGUUGAUACACACCAGAAAAUGAUUGAUUGUUUUCUGAAUAAUCUGGAUGGUACGCACAACAAGUCGAAGCUCGGAGCGAACGCUAUCCUAGGCGUCAGUAUGGCAUGUGCUAGAGCGGGUGCGGCCCAUUUAGAUAUUCCGCUGUAUGAGUUUCUUCGACGUGAAUCUGGAGCAAAAAAACCAUUCGUGAUGCCAGUGCCGUUCUUCAAUGUCCUGAAUGGAGGUGUGCAUUCGGGCAAUAAGAUGGCUUUUCAAGAGACGAUGAUCGCUCCUGUUGGCGCCUCCUCUUUCACGGAAGCAGUACAAAUGGGUAGCGAGGUUUACCAGCAGCUGAAGAAGGUCAUUGUUAAGAAAUUUGGACCAUCUGGUUAG